AAGAGCUUCAUCAUUGGCUGUACACAUCGCAGCAAUGGCGGUGCCAACAUGCGUGAGAGCGAUGCUCCGCGUGGGCAGACGUCCAAAGUUACCUACCCUUACUGCAGUGUCCCAGGUUCGCCAUUCGACGGAACUACUCGAGACACAUAUCACAAGUGAAGGUCUUGACAUUGUUCAUCUGGCAGAGCAGCGUGGAAUCACGAUUGGCCGUAGGAUGAAGCUCACCGAAGAGGAUAUUGCUCAUGUGCAGGGCAUGCUCGAGAGCGGUACGAUGGAAACCCCUAAUGGAACGAAGACGAUCACGGAGGAUGAGAGGAAGCGGCUUGAGAAGAUGUUGAAGGAGGGCAGAACGGAGGCCCGUACUAUGAAGAAAGAGGUUACGGAACAGCAGAUGGAGGGGCUUAUGAAGAUGGCGGAGAAGGGCGAGCCUUACAAUCUGAGGGCAAUGCGCCUCCAACCUUUCCGGCGCGUCCCAACUCACGGUAUCCCAUGCUGCGACCUUCAGCUUCGUACAUACAGCAUUCGGAACAUGGACAUGUUUGCCGACUUCGCCUUACGGGCGGCAUACUAUCUCAAACUCCCAGCUAAAGGGCCAAUUGCGCUCCCACGGAUCACGGAACGAUGGACAGUGCCACGAAGCAAUUUCAUCCACAAGAAAUCACAGGAGAAUUUCGAGCGAAUCACACAUAGGAGACUCAUACAGAUACAAGAUGGCCACCCUGAAACAGUGCGCAUAUGGCUGGGUGUUCUGAAGAAACACCAAUACCAUGGUGUGGGCAUGAAGGCCAAUAUCUGGGAGCACGAAAGCCUACAUGUCGCUGAAGCUGUUGAGAAGUCUCUGGACGAACAGAAAGAAGAUAUACAGGCUGUCUGGCAAAACUUUGGUACAAGAGCAGAUAUGGUAAACUCGAGAAAGGUCCGCGAGCAGCUACGGCACCCGUCACACACGGGCAUCUUGGCUGAGAUCGAAAAAGAGCAAGCCCUGGACAGAGGGAAGUUCCAACACAAGAUUCAGGAUCGCAAGCAACGUGAAGGCAAUGAACAAAUCAAGAGAAAGCGGAUAGAAGAAUCGCGCAAGAAAAAAGCGCAGGAUCGCGCUCGUCUGGAGAAAGCACAAGAAAAAGCACUUCUGGAAUCUAUACAAGCGAAGGCUACAGCGGGUGCCAGCAAGGGCACAUACAGCCAAGAGGACAAGCCUCAGCUUGCCGAGCAAGAACUGGAAUUUUUGAUCAAUGAGUCAAAAGAAGCAGAACCAGGCGAACACGAGGUCAAACCCGGAGUAGAAACGCCUGUAGAGACUCCCGUGGUGACUGAUGUAUCACCGGAAGAAUCUGCGACUGUGGAGGCCGCUUCAAAGCAGGCCAAUGCCGGGAUAACAAGCACUACAACGCCUAUUGAAAACGUGCCAGAAUCAGCUACUACUUCCAAACCCGUGGAAGACGUCCCAGAACCAGCUGUACCAUCCACACCCAUGGAAAACGUCCUAGAACCAGCUGUAGCAUCCACACCCGUGGAGGUACCAGUAUCUGAACCAGUCACUGCUUCUAUAUCCGUCGAAGAUAUUUCUGAACCAGCUCCCACUCCCACUCCUACUCCUACUCCCACUCCCACUUCCACAGCCGAAGCCCCAGCUCCCACUCCAAUUCCCACAACCCCAGAGGACUCUAAUACGACCGAUUCCGUCGUGCCCCCGAAGGAGUCCGGUGAGCAGCAGAAGAAGUAACAGAUAGUAGGCAAGCUUCAGAUUCUUGCUCUGUAUAAAUAGUACAUAAGACAGACGACAUAUUGUGUACAUGAACCAUAUUUUGUUCCUUGGACCGCCCAAUGUAAAAGUUUUGACCAGGAUGUUUUCAGUGUGGAUGUAUUUGUUUGUCUGCGCUUACAAGUUCAUGAUGUCCGAUUGACUGCACUGUGAUGGGUUUGUAGAGAUGUAUCGACGUAGGAUGAUAGAGAUAGUUUUGGUGAAAUCGGUGAUGGAUGUAGGCAAGAAUGCUAUAUACAUGUCGAAAGGAUCUCCAACAUUGCAGAUGAUCGGAUUUUAACUAGGUCGUGUGUGGUAGCACCGAGAAAGAGUACCC